UUCUUCUUCACACUCCAUUGUUAUGUAAGUUCACAAACAGACUCAUGCACUUGGAAUCUCAACCUCCUAGUUCCUAUCCCUUUUGAUACUUCCAACCUCCGUUGUCUCUCUGUGUGGGAUUCUCAAGGUUUCAUUCUCAGAGUAAGUUCUUCUUCUUCUUUUUCUGAUCUUCUUCUUCUCUUUCAUCUCUCUUCUAACAGCUAUUUGGUUCUGAGUUGCAUUGUAAAUUUGUAAGUUACUGAUAUGGAUUUGAGUUUGUCUCUCAUGUGAAGAAGAAGAAGAAGAAGAAGAAAGAGUAUGUUCAGACAUCUUCAAACUUAUGGAGCUUCAUCCUCUCAACCCCAGACACAAACUCCUACAUAGCAAUGGGCUUCUCGGCCACCGGCGGGAUGGCCGGCUCGAGCGCGAUGGUGGGGUGGGUGGCGGCGAGGGGAAGCAGUGGAGGAAUAAAGCAGUACUAUCUGGGUGGCCUAACACCAGACAAGGUGGUACCAGAUAAAGGAAACUUGCAAGUGAUAGUAAACUCAAGCUUCAUAACAAUGGAGUCAGGUCGUGUGUACAUGGUGUUUCAGUUGGCCACCACCACUUCGUCGGCGCUGCCGUCGUGGCUUUUGUUCGCCACCGGACCCACCGGGUUGUUUCCUUCAGCCCCAGGUUAUCAACUUGUGAAGCACCUUGAUAAGGUCUCUAUCAGAAUUGACUACACAUCAGGCAGCAUUGGAAAUUCACAAUCACAAGCAAAUGGAAGCUCAUCAUCAUCAUCAUCAACGCCACAAAGUGACUCAUGUGGGAAUAAGCUGAUGAAUUCAAAUGCAGUUUUCACAUUUGACACAUCUAAUCUCAAUUGCUUUCCUGUUUGGAAUGCUCAAGAUUUCAUUCUCAGAUAUUCUCAGAGUUCAUCGAACAUAUGGAGCUUCAUUGUGUCAGCACCAGACAAGAACAGUUACAUAGCCAUGGGUUUCUCUCCCAAUGGAGCCAUGGUGGGCUCAAGCGCCAUUGUUGGUUGGGUCCCAUCAUCAUCAUCCAUUACUGCUACUGGUGGAUUGAAGCAGUACUAUCUUGGUGGCACCACACCAUCUCAAGUUGUUCCUGAUUCAGGAAACUUGCAGUUUGUGGCCAACUCAACCCUAAUCACUUCUCAGUCCUCUCGUCUCUUCUUGGCCUUUCAGUUGCAGACCGCUCAGCCGUUGUCCCGGCUCAUUUUUGCUGUCGGACCGACUGGGGUGUUUCCUUCGGUGCCAAGUUUUGCCCUAGCUCAGCACCAAGACAAAGCCUCCAUUACCUUCAACUACGCUUCUGCAACAGGAUCAAGUUCAAGUGCAUCAUCAUCAUCAUCAGUGAACUCAAUUGUGAGCCUAAAAAGAACACAUGGAUUGUUGAACAUACUGGGUUGGGGAAUACUGAUCAUAAUGGGAGCCAUAAUUGCUCGACACUUCAAGCAAUGGGAUCCUCUCUGGUUUUACUUUCAUGUCUCAGUUCAAUCAUUGGGCUUCCUUCUUGGCUUCAUUGGGGUCAUUUCUGGGCUUAUCUUGAAUGAUCGGCUUCAUGCUAAUGUUCAGAUCCACAAGGCCCUUGGAAUCAUUAUUCUUGUCUUGGCUUGCCUUCAGAUGAUGGCUAUUCUGGCAAGGCCAAAAAAGGAAUCAAAAGCAAGAAAAUAUUGGAACUUGUACCAUCACAACACAGGAAGGAUCUUGAUCAUUCUUGCAAUAGCUAACAUUUUCUAUGGGAUCCAUUUAGGUCAUGAAGGAAGUGCUUGGAAGAUUGGUUAUGGCAUUGUUCUUGCCAUUUUAUUUUUCAUUGCUUUCAUUUUUGAGAUGAGAAAGUGGAGUGAUGAUGAAGAUGAUGAUGAUGAUUAAAACAAUACUUGUGGAGUUUAAUAGUUGUAGUUCUUGUUUUAUUUAUUGAUUUUCAUUUGGAAUCCCUUGGGAAAAAUUUUCCAUUCUUAUUGUGGUUAUAUUAGUUUA